AUGACUGGAAGAAGGUACACUUAUGGACAAGCCAGAGGACUUAGUCACCAUAUCAGUGUGGUCCUUCCUCAUUAUUUGGGAUUAAAAACUGGAGACGUGAUUGCAAUGGUUGUGCCCAACAUGCCUGAGUUUCCAAUUAUUUUCCUCGGCGCCGCGUCUGCUGGUCUAAUCGUUUCACCUGCGAAUCCUCUUUACACCCAGAGUGAACUGGCUCGGCAAUUUUGCGAGACGAAGGUUCGCGCCGUGGUGACGGUGCCUCCUCUCCUGGAAAAGGUCCAGGCUGCUCUGGAGGAGGUGCCCGGAAGUGGAGGUCCCGUCGUGGUCAUCGGUGGACCCUCUGCGCCGAAAAAGAACCAGAUAGGCUUUGAGGAUCUGAUUCAGAAAAGGGUGGUCGGCGACUCAAUUCUCGAACACCCUGACCCUGACUGCAUCGCGUGCCUGCCGUUUUCCAGCGGGACCACCGGUUUGCCCAAGGGUGUGAUGUUGACCCACCGAAACAUGGUGGCAAAUCUGUGUCAAAUCGAGCAUCCAGAAGUUUCGCCUCCUUUACCAGAAGGUUUUGAUCAGGACCGAAUUUUGGCUAUUCUGCCUUUUUUCCACAUUUACGGAAUGAAUGGAGUGAUGAAUAUGAGUCUUCUGCAUGGUCGUUCGAUUCUGACAUUGCCAAAAUUUGAAGCCCAGUCGUUUUCAGAAGCCUUCGCCAAAUUUAAGCCGACUGUUCUCGCCAUAGUUCCUCCACUGUGCGCCUUCAUCGCUCAGUCCCCAACAAUUUCACCGCAGGAUCUGAGCAUGGUGCGCUUUGUUACAUGCGGCGCCGCGGCAGCGCCACCAGCCACGGUCCAACAGUUCAUACGCAAGGCCAACAGCAAAAAACUGAAUUUCAAAGAAGGCUAUGGAAUGACCGAAUCGUCGUGCUUGGCAACAAGUCCACCGAGUUCUGCGCCGAUGGAGGACCGCGUCGACACAGUCGGUGUGCCCAUACCCAACACCGAAGUGAAAGUGGUCGACAAAGAGGGAAAUGCCUUGCCGAUGGGCGAAAUCGGCGAAAUUUUGGUUCGCGGGCCGCAAAUAAUGAAGGGAUACUUCAGAAAUGAGCAGGCGACAAAAGAAAGCCUUACCGAAGACAAUUGGCUCCGAACUGGCGACAUUGGAUAUUUUAGACAAAACGGUUAUAUUUCCUUAGUGGACCGCGUCAAGGAAAUGAUCAAAGUCAAAGGACUCCAAGUUUCUCCGACCGAACUGGAGUCAAUUUUGAACACCAUGGAAGGUGUGGCCGAUGUUGCAGUGGCUGCGGUGCCUGAUGAGGCGUGCGGAGAGGUCCCGAGGGCUUAUGUGGUCAAGGGCAAGGACUCCUUCUUAACUGAGGAAGACGUCAUUAAGUUUUUGAAGCCCCAGGUGGCGCAAUUCAAGCAGCUAAAGGGUGGAGUGCGUUUUGUGAGCGCCAUUCCCAAAAAUGCUGCUGGUAAAAUUUUACGAGCGGAACUUAAAAAUCUCUAGAUUUUAGCAAUGAACUGUUUUUUAAUCAAAACAUUGAAAUUAAUAAUUAGUUAAAACACAAUUUUCUAUAUUUCAUUAAAAAAAAAAUUGUAAAAAAAAAAAUGCUGGCACAUAUAUAAAUUUGAUUAGAUUAUAGAUAAGAAUAUUUGUUUAU